AUGACCCCCGAGCAGAGAGCCAUCGAUCGUGAUCUCCGCAACCGCGCCUACGAACUCAAUCGGGACGAGCACAACGGAGAACGAGUAUUUGUAGUCUACAAAGGUAAAAUUGUAAAAGCAUCUGAAAUUCAGCAUAUGAAAAGUUCUCAACCAAAAAACUGUCGUUGUUCUGGAAAUGAUUGUAAUCCCAUGUCGUCUUUCUUUUCUACGUUCUCUGCCUAUAUACCAAUGUUAGGUCAUCUCCCAGGAAUUCUGCGAAGUACGAUAUAUUUCUUCACUGAAACUUGGCUGAAAAGCCACCAUUUUGUGCCGGCUAUGCUUAGUAAAUGGAUUGAGGAGUAUGCUAUUGUCCGUUGCGAUAGGAGUCGGAGGGCCGGAGGUGGAGUUGCUAUGUUUAUAAGGAAAACCUUGAACUACUCUACUGUAAUAUCUGAAUCUUAUGAAAUUUUAGCCGCGGAUGUCGCUCUUCCUGACCUCUGCGUUAGAAUUGUACUAAUAUAUAGGCCUCCAUCCUGUCCUCCUACUAGUAACGAGCAACUAGGAAAAGUAAUCGGCUGCGGUAUGAAUUUGACUGGGUACAAUGGAAUAACUGCAGAGAUAUCCCUCAUUCACUCUUUGAUACUUUUGCAACUCACGGAUUCAAACAAUAUGACGAUCAGCCUACUAGAGUCACCAAUCAUCGGCUUAAGCGACCAUUGCUGUGUUUCCUUUAGUGUUUCGGGACGUAUCGUUCCUUGCGCCCCUGUUUUCAGAAGAUUUUUUUCCAAGUGUAACUACUCCCUGAUCAGUAAUUACCUAUUCAAUAUUCAAUGGAUUCCAUCCUUUGAAUUGGUUCCCACUGUUGAUGAAAAGUACGCGAUGUUCAUCGCUAUUUUGAGACAUACUAUAGAUCUGUUUGUUCCUCUACACACUCAUCCCGACCAGAGACAAUCUCUCGCGCUAUCUACGGAAUAUGAUGGACCACAAGGAUUUCUACAGUACGCUAAGCGGAGCGGUGACUGGACUGAAUACAAAGCUUUUUCGGCCAAAUUUUCUGAAAAACUCAUCAAAUACAAUAGAAACUUCGUAGCAAAUCACUGCUUACAGGAUUUGAAACUGGAUGGUAGACUCCUGGUAAAUGAUCUUGAAAAGGCUAAUGCCUUGGCCUUAGAAUUUGACAAAGUGUUUCAAAAAGACAACAACAGUUUUCCUCCAUUUUCGCCCCAUAUUGCAAACCAUAUGCUCACAUUUCCCUACUUCGAUGCGAACGAUAUUUACGAGCUUUUGAGAAAGUGUCCCUGCUCUUCGUCAAUUACCCUGGACCAAGUUCCCUUCGAGUUCAUCAAGAAUGUUGCCCACGCUAUUGCAUUUCCCUUGUCGUACCUAUUCAAUCAGUCCAUUAUGUUCUCGCAAGUGCCUAGUUUGUGGAACACUCCUAAUCUCACGUAUCUUAAAAAC